CAGGCCACCACGGGCCAUGGAGGCCCCCAUUGAGAUGACCACUGAGGAGCCAACCCCGUUGGGACAGGGGCCUGUGGGACCCUCAGGAGGUGGCGGCGGCAGCGGCAGCAGUGGGGACCAGGUCCAGACCGUGACUGUGAAGUCAUCAGUUGGCUGGGAGCACGCUGGGCCAGCGAAGGUCCAGACGAUGGUCAGAGGUGGAGUCCCGGCUGUCACCAGCAGCAAAACCAGCUGGGCGGAUGGGGCUCUGCAGGGACCUCCCCACUUAGCCUGCUCCAGACGGUUUCAGAUCCACAGCAAAAGCUGCAAGAAAUGGUGCCAACUGUCACCCACCUUCGCGGUCAGCAGAAUACUGGCCUCCAAAGUAGCCCACGUCCUCAUCCCUGGAACCCAGGCUGGCAGCAGAGGCCUGGAGGAGGAGGUGCAAGGACAGGAGCAGGAGUCAGAACUGAGGCUGCAAGGCCUGCAGCAGGCCCUGCGGGGUCGGCUCCGCUUGCUGGAGAACGACAGCCGGGAGGUGGCCCGAGCGCUCGGGGAAUUGUCGGCUAGACUGUUGUCUAUCCACAGUGACCAGGACCGGAUUGUGGUGACGUUUAAGACUUUUGAAGAAAUCUGGAAGUUUUCUACCUACCAUGCUCUUGGCUUCACGCAUCACUGCCUGGAAAACCUGCUUGUGGACCAGGCCUUUUGGCUGCUUGUGCCUGACGAGGAGGAGGAGACGGCCAUCCGGGUCCAUGUGAAUGAGGACGCCUUGAAGCUGACGCAUGAGAGCCUCCUCCUCCAGGAAGGGCCCUUCUUUGUACUGUGUCCUGACCACCACGUGAGAGCGAUGACUGGCUCCUGGGCUGCAGGAAAAGGCCCCCAGCCCCUGAGGGCUUCAGGGUGUCCCCAGGGCGAGGCAGCCCCAGAAGCAGACUCAUCGCCCCCCAGCCAGAGAGUGUCCUCUGAGGAGGUGGCAGCAGCGCCCAUCCCGGAAGCUUUGAUUCCGUUCCAUCAGUGGGCCCUUAGGGUCCCCUGGGACCCAGUUGGUGACUCUGUGGAUGGACCUAUGACACCUAACAUCCCGCUGAUGGCUGUGGGCCUGGCCUCGGCGGUGGCAGACUGCCAGGGCUCGGGGCCCGAAGAGGUGACAUUCAGAGGAGGUGACGUCAUCGAGCUCCUCAGCGCCCAGGUGCCCGGCCUGCCCUGGUGCGUGGGCCAGCACUCAGCCUCGGGCCAGGUGGGGUUUGUGCAGACCAGUCUCCUCAGCGUCCAGGGCCUGGCGUCUGAGUUGGAAAGUGUGAUUUUCCUCAAUGGAGAAGAAAGGUCAUUCUUCACCAGCGAGGGACGCUUUUCCGAGGAGGGUGCCAGGCAGAUGCUGAGGAGAACGUCGGGCGCGGACGUCUGUGCCGUGUACAGCUUGGAUGGAUUAGAGGAAGCUGCAUUUGAGGAGUCAGAAGAACGAGAAAUACCUCCACCUAGCCUGAACACAGAGGCACACGAGACACUGCAGAAGGUGAAGAAGGUUCUAGAACAUUGCAAGACCUACCAAGGCUGCCCUGAGGAGCUGGCAUCCUGGAACCUCCAUGCACCAUCCAAUGAGGGGAGCUCGCCUGACGACGAGGAGCCUGUCUUCUUCCUGGACGCUGAGGAUGACUGGGCUGACCCAGAGGCCCUCGACUCACUGCUGCUGUUCCUGAAUGCCCCUGGGUACAGGGCCGGCUUCCGAGGCCUGUAUGAUGUGUCCCUGCCAGGGUUGACCAGCAUGUUCUGCAGCUUUACGGAUGAGGAGGAGCUGGCCCAGUGCCUGGCACAGGCCCGGGGGGCAGCCAAGAAGGCCGGCCUCCCCAUGGCCCUCGCCAGGCUCUGCUUCCUCCUGGGGCGGCUGUGCACCCGGAGGCUCAAGCUGUCUCAGGCCCGGGUGUACUUCGAGGAAGCCCUGGGGGCCCUGGGGGGUAGCUUUGGGGACCUCUUCCUGGUCGUGGCCUUGUACGCCAACCUGGCCACCGUGUACCUGAAGCAGAAGAACAGAGAGAAGUGUGCACAGGUGGUGCCCAAAGCCGCGGCUCUGCUCCUGGGGACACCUGGCCACACCUGCAGCACUGAGGCGGAGUCCGAGCUCCUCAGGUAUGCUCUGCGGCGGGCCAUCAGAUGCCGGAGCCCGCAGGCUGAAGCCCGGGCCUGCUUCCUGCUGGCCAAGCACCACACCCACCUCAAGCAGCCCGAGGAGGCCCUGCCCUUCCUGGAGAGGCUGCUGCUUUUGCAGGGGGACUUGGGCUCCCCUGAUGCCUUGUGGCCCUCGGACUGCUAUCUGCUCCUGGCGGACACCUACAGCCGAAAAUGCCUGCCACACCUGGCCCUGAGCUGCAUCAAGGUGGCCUCGUUGCGGACUUCUGGUUCACUAGCCGGCUCGCUGAGGAGCGUGGACCUGGUCCUCCAGAAUGCGCCACGGCUGCACAGCCUGCGGAGAGCGGCCCACAGCCUCCCCUCCCAGCUCGCCCACUACCUCCGGCAGGCGCUGGCCUCCUCGGCCUCGGGCCCUGGGCGGGGGCUGCGUGGCCCCCUCUAUGCCAGCCUGGCCCAGCUUUACAGCCACCACAGGCAGCACGGGUCGGCCAUUGUCUUCAUGAACCAGGCGGUGGAAGCUGUUACUGCAGCCGGUGUCCACACCGUCGUGGACCACUUGGUGGCCCUGGCCUGGCUGCAUGUACUCCAAGGGCAGAGCCCGGUGGCCCUGGACAUCCUGGGGUCCCUUGUGGAUGCAGCUGUGGCCACUGUGGACCAGGAGGGUGUGAUUGCCAACAUGGUAGCAAUAGCCCUAAAGAGGACAGGCAGGACCCGGCAGGCAGCCGAGGGCUACUACCGCGCCCUGAGCGUGGCCAGGGGCCUGGGCCAGGUGCGGAACCAGGCGGUGGUCCUGGCCAACUUCGGGGCCCUGUGCCUGCAUGCCGGCGCUGGCAGGCUGGCCCGGCACUACUUCCUGGAGGCUGUCAAGCUCUUCUCGCGGCUGCCCCGUGAGGAGUGGGGCCCAGACUUCACCCAGGUGCUCCUGCAGCUGGGCCGUCUCUACACGCACCAGGCUCUCGCCCAGCAGGGCAAGUGCUACUACGAGUGGGCCUUCCUGGUUGCCGUGGAGACAGACCACUUGGAGAGCCAGCUGCAAGCCGUCCAGCGGCUGUGCCAUGUCUACAGUGCUGUCACUCCCAGUGAGGCGCAGAGCGUCAUCUACCAUGAGUUCCAGCUCUCACUGGCCCGCAGGGUGGCCGACAAGGUGCUGGAGGGGCAGCUCCUUGAGACCAUCAGCCAGCUCUACCUGUCCCUGGGCACUGAGCGGGCCUACCGAUCUGCUCUGGACUACACCAAGCGGAGUCUGGGGAUAUUCAUCGACCUCCAGAAGAAGGAGAAGGAGGCGCACGCCUGGCUGCAGGCAGGGAAGAUCUACUACAUCCUGCGGCAGAAUGAGCUGGUGGACCUGUACAUCCAGGUGGCACAGAAUGCAGCCCUGUACACGGGGGACCCCAACCUGGGGCUGGAGCUGUUCGAGGCGGCCGGGGACAUCUUCUUCAAUGGGACCUGGGAGCGGGAGAAAGCCGUGUCCUUCUACCGGGACCGGGCCCUGCCCCUGGCGGUGACCACAGGUAACCGGGAAGCAGAGCUGCGGCUAUGCAACAAGCUGGUAGCGCUGCUGGCUGCGCUGGAGGCGCCCCAGGAGGGCCUGGAGUUUGCCCAUGAGGCCCUGGCACUCAGCAUCGCCCUGGGGUACCGGCUGAACGAGAGGGUGGCCUACCACCGGCUGGCGGCCCUGCACCACCGGCUGGGCCACGGCGAGCUGGCUGAACACUUCUACCUCAAGGCACUGUCGCUCUGCAGCUCGCCGCUGGAGUUCGACGAGGAGACGCUGUACUACGUGAAGGUGUACCUGGUGCUCGGUGACAUCAUCUUCUACGACCUGAAGGACCCGUUUGACGCAGCCGGGUACUACCAGCUGGCACUGGCGGCGGCCGUGGACCUGGGCCACAAGAAGGCCCAGCUGAAGAUCUACACGCGGCUGGCCACCAUCUACCACAACUUCCUCCUGGACCGCGAGAAGUCCCUCUUCUUCUACCAGAAGGCUCGGACCUUCGCCUCCGAGCUCAACAUCCGCAGGAUCAACCUGGCCCCCCAGAGGUUCUGCGGGCGGGCGCCCUGGCUGGCCCCCGGGCACCCGCCCUGAGGGAUGGGCUGGGGACCCCCCCCCCCGAGACUCUGGCGGCUCGUUUGCUGAGAGCUGGUGCGGGAAGAUAAGGGUCCGAUAGCAAUAAAAGGC